AUGGACGGAGGACAUUUUGGCUACUCCCGCGACUACCUGGACCGCUUCAUCCAGAGCCAGGACUCGUCUGUGGUGAACAAGUUCCAGCAGCGCUACUGGAAAACCAAGCAGACGCUCAUCAAGGUCACCGGCAAGAAAGAGGACGAGCAUGUGGUGGCGUCGGACGCCGAUCUGGACGGCAAGCUGGAGGUCUUCCACUCCAUCCAGAGGACGUGCAUGGAGCUGCUGAAGGUCAUCGAGCAGUACCAGAGGAGGAUCUGCUUUCUUUCCCAGGAAGAGAACGAGCUGGGUCGCUUCCUGCGCUGCCAGGGCUCGCAGGAUAAAACCAGGGCUGGAAAGAUCAUGCAGGCCACAGGGAAAGCCCUUUGCUUCUCCUCCCAGCAGAGAGUGGCUCUGAGGAACCCGCUGUGCCGGCUCUACCAGGAGGUGGAGACCUUCCGCUACCGAGCCAUCUCCGACACGUGGCUGACGGUGAAUCGCAUGGAGCAGUCGAGGACCGAGUACCGCGGGGCGCUGCUGUGGAUGAAGGACGUGUCCCAGGAGCUGGAUCCAGACACGCACAAGCAGAUGGAGAAGUUCCGCAAGGUUCAGGCCCAGGUGCGAUCCACCAAAAGCGGCUUUGACAAGCUGAAGAACGACGUGUGUCAGAAGGUGGACCUGCUGGGAGCCAGCCGCUGCAACCUGCUGUCCCACGUCCUGACCACCUACCAGACGACACUCCUGCACUUCUGGGAGAAGACGUCCCGCACCAUGGCAGCCAUUCACGAGAGCUUCAAGGGCAGUCAGCAUUAUGAGUUCUCCACACUGAAGACUUUAAAAGACCCCAAGGACAAGCUGGGGAGAAAGAAAGGGAAGAAGAAAAGUAAAGUGGAGACUGAGGACGGAAAGAAAACCGAGACGACAGACGACCAACUCAUCUCACUAGAGAGUGAAAACACCAGCGGCAAGACGAAGGAAGGAAACCAGGGUCCUCUCUCGUCGUGUCCAGAGCUGGAGGGAGAGGAGGACAGCUUGGCCUUCCUCAACGAGAUCCUGGGCGGGUUGUCUGUGGACGGGGGGGACUUCUCUCGGGAGUGGACCGAGGUGUUCGGGGACAGCGAGGACGGGACGAGCCCGGCGGCGUCCGGGCGACCAGCUGACGCCCGGCAAGAGGAAGACGACUUCUUUCUCCCGUCUCAUCUGCUCGACCAGAGCUUGAACAGUCUGCACUCGUCCCUCUCAGAUUGGGCCGACAACGCUCCUCCGCAGGCCGUUGCCAUGACAACGGAGCCGUCGUCCGGGACCAGUCCGAACGCUCCGAGGCCUGCGGUGAAAGAGAAAGCAGCGAUGUCCAAAGACCUCUCGGCGUGGUUCAACCUGUUCGCCGACUUGGACCCGCUCUCCAAUCCUGACGCUGUCGGCAAAACUGACACGGCGCACGAACUUCACACCGCGUAGCUCUCUCUCUUCUCCAAUGGGAACGUUCACUAGUGGGAACA